GAGGGAGGAGGGAGGAGGAAGAGGGGAAGGAGGAGGAGAGGAGCAGUGAGCAGGCCCGAGAAGGCAGGACUUCCUGGUGUGGGGGUUGUCAACAGCCCAGAAAGAGAGAGACAGAGACGGAGCGGAGCUGAGGAUCCCCGAGAUACAUCCAGUGGGGCCACGUGGGAGGAGCUCUGAGCGAGAAAGCCACUCAAGGGACCUGGAGCCAGCGGGGGGCUGAGCCGCCCCCUCCCACAGCAACAGGGAAGACCGGUGGAGUAUUGACUCAGGCCGCGCCUGGGUUCCACCGUGGAAGCCCCCCUUUUUUUCUCUCCUCUCAACUGCAAACUUUCCACCGAGAUGCCUGGCAGAGUGAGAUGCGGACGCCCGAGAGCACUGGGUAGCCCUUGAUUGUCGCCCAAGUGGCCUGCACUACUCAGGGCCCAGGAGGCCCUAGGAUUUAAAAAAAAAGAAGGACGUCUUUAGAUCUUUAGUCCCUAGGUCCUCUCUCCUUCUCAGCUCCGUGGCCGAGGCCCGAGAGAGUUUGCAAGCUCAGCUCUGGGGUUUCGGCAGCGACAGCAGCAGGAAAAACCUGCCUCUGCCCCCCCUCCCGCCACCUCCCCUCCCCUGCACUUCAGUUACUAACCAGGCACCCCUAGUUUCCCACAAGGCCCUCUUGCCAUGUCGGACCCAGACAUCCCCAGGGGCCCUGAUGUCCCUGCCAUGUGGCCCCCUUGUUCCAGAGGUGCCUGAGCCCCUCUCCAGGAGCCCGGUCCCUCCCCCCAACCUGAGCCCAGUCCGGAGCCCCAGGGACCAUGAGUGGUGGUAAGAAAAAAAGUAGUUUUCAGAUCACCAGCGUCACCACGGACUAUGAAGGCCCAGGAAGCCCAGGGGCUUCGGAUUCCCCUACCCCACCGGCUCUCUCUGGGCCCCCACCCCGCCUCCCCAAUGGGGAGCCCAACCCUGAUCCAGGGGGCAGGGGCACCCCUCGGAAUGGCUCCCCGCCACCUGGAGCCCCUGCCUCCCGUUUCCGGGUGGUGAAGCUGCCCCAAGGCUUGGGAGAGCCUUAUCGUAGAGGUCGGUGGACGUGUGUGGAUGUUUACGAGAGAGACCUGGAACCCCCAAGCUUCGGCCGGCUCCUGGAGGGAAUUCGAGGGGCCUCAGGAGGCACCGGAGGCAGAUCAUUGGAUUCUAGGUUGGAGUUGGCUAGCUUGGGCAUAAGCACCCCUAUCCCACAGCCAGGCCUGUCUCAGGGCCCCACGUCUUGGCUCCGCCCGCCCCCCACUUCUCCUGGACCACAGGCCCGCUCCUUCACAGGGGGGCUGGGCCAGCUGGCAGGAUCUGGCAAGGCCAACGUGGAGACACCCCCGCAGUCAGCCUCUCCACCCCAGACGCGCCCCCCAGGGCCUGGGACUGGAGAUAGUGCUCAGCCCCUGCCUGCUCUGAGGGUCGAAGUGGAGUCUGGGGCUUCAGCAGCCGGAACCCCUCCACUGUCACGGAGAAGAGAUGGAGCAGUUCGGCUGAGGAUGGAGUUAGUGGCUCCAGAGGAGACAGGGAAGGUGCCGCCGAUCGACUCCCGCCCCAACUCCCCAGCCCUCUACUUCGAUGCCAGCCUGGUGCACAAGUCUCCAGACCCCUUUGGAGCCGCAGCAGCCCAGAGCCUCAGCCUGGCACGUUCCAUGUUGGCCAUCAGUGGUCACCUGGACAGUGAUGACGAUAGUGGUUCCGGAAGCUUGGUUGGCAUUGACAACAAGAUUGAACAAGCCAUGGUCCUGUUCUGGAAGUGUAAAGCCAAGCGAAGCGUGUUGGAGCCCAGGAAGCAUCCGUUGAAGGGAGCAGAGAAAGCACCCUCGGACUUUGACACCACAAAGUUGGUCAAGACCCACAAAGAGUCCAAGGCCUCUGACGUGGAUGUGUGCCCAGGGGUCCUCGAGCCCUGCGUGUUGGCCACAGUCAAGGAAAGAUCUGCUGUGCACAGUCGUGAGAGGAGUUGCGAGAGGCAGGAGAGUCGCUCCCGCUCCCUGACAGGGCUGUCCCAGACCGUAGCCAACUCAGUUUCGAAGUUGAUGUUGUCAGUGUUGCAAUCCGGCUGGCGAUUAUGUACGUGGAAGUCUUCUAUGAGUUCUGCCUCAGUUUCUUCCCGUAUGAGGACCGGGUCGUCCCUGAAGACGCCAGAGGCUGAGAUGCUGCGGGAAUUGUACCUGGUGCUCUGGGUCAUCCGCAAACAACUGAGAGAGCUGGCCCGCAGGCAGGAGCGCCGCAGAAGGCACCGCAUACGCGCCCACGUGUCCCGCGUCUCUCGCCACACUCAACCGGUGCAGGGCCUCAAACAGGAUGCCCGAAGUCCCCUCUAGGCAGGGGAGCCCCAGAUCCUUAAGCAAGCCCCCACCUCGCUUUUAAGGAAGGUUCACAGGAAAAGGUGCAACGGCCAUUAGGCCAGAGCUGCUGGUGAGAUGUUUGGCCAUACCAAGACAGGCCUGGGGUGGAACACACUCCCCUUCGCUGUGUUUGUUCCAUUUGUAAAGAAAAAUUAUCUAAAAAUUGAGAAAUAAAUAUCGGAUGUUUCUGA